CAAAACGCCGCAAAUAGUUAAAAUUUUUUCUUACAACGUUUAUAAAGGCAACCUCGUGUUAAUUCUAGGCAAAAGGCAAAGAUUUCAAAUACAAGAAUGGCUGUUAAAAAAGAAAAAGCAGUUUUCAUAAUGCUUAUCUCAUUUACAACUUUUCUCUUUUUUUUUUACUGGAAUUUAAUGACAGAAAUUGAAUGUUUUUUAGGAUCACUAAAUCUAAAUAUUUCUUACAGAAGAACUUUUAAACACAAGUUCAAAUCUUUGGAAGAAAUCCACAAGCUUAUCAAAAAUCAAAUUCAUAACCUGCAAGAAAAAGGUGAUUGCAAAAAGAAAAAAAUUUUACUGUGUCGAAAUGUUGAAAGUUUUUCCGGACUCGGAUCUAAUUUGCACCGGUAUGGCGUUUGUAUGCAAGUAGCCUAUGGAUUAGGAAGAACAUUUUUCAUCCACCAAGAUGAAUAUAGUCACUUUAAUGGCAUUUUUAAAUGGGUGCAGCCCGAAUCUUUGAAGUGUGGCCAUCUAAAAAACAAAAUUCUCCUAGACAAGUCACUUGCCUGCAAUGCUCAAGAUAUUUCUUGCUAUUUAAGUAAUGGUUAUGAUAUCAAUAAUACCCAUCGCAUCAUUGAGUUUAACACAGUUUCCAAAAAGUUUCCAUAUCCAAGACACAUACCUGGCACAAUACCAGAGGAAUUGAAUGAAAAUUUGUUAUAUCUUGGCAUUAAAUCUCCGUGGCUAUGGUUUACUUCACAGUUUCUUGCCUAUCUCCUUUUAAGACCAAAUGCUGAGUUUAACAAAACUUUUUAUAACCUAAAACAAGAAAUUAAUUAUAGUUUGCCUAUUAUUGGUUUUCACAUUCGACACGGUGAUAAGAUAACUAGCGGCGAAGCAGAGUACAUUAACGAAACAGUUUUUGUAAACAUCGCAGAAGAUUAUUUUAGCAAACAUAAUGUAACUAGCAAGCGUGUUUAUAUUGCUACAGAUGAUAUUCCCGCAAUAAAAGUUGUUAAUAAACUUGCGCCAGAGUUUAUCACAACAGGAUUACCACACAAUUAUUUAUCUAGUGGCUUAGGAAACUAUUUGGUAAAGCGUUUUCCAAAAGAAAUACUAGAAAGUACAUUGUUAGAUUUGUACUUUCUUACGAAUACUAAUUAUCUUGUGUGUGAUGUAACCUCAAAUCUGUGCCGGUUAGUUUACGAACUAAAACAAGGAUUGCCUCCUUACAAACAAGAUGAUAUAUUAAAACCAGUAGGCGAAGAAAAAGAAGUUUAUUAUAGAUGGCAUGAUUUUGUUUAUCCAUCUUCAUUAUGGAUUGUUUUGAGCAAUAAACCGUCAAUAAAUCAGCGAAAUAUCUGGAGAAAGUUCUGGAACUUUUUAGUUACAAGAAAAGCUUUUUUAAAAUACAAUAAAAAUGUAUAUACUAAAGUAGAAACUGUUCAAAAUAAUUUUUCAGAUGGGUGGUAUAUGAAAAAGAUAAACAACGUUGUUAAGGAAAGCAAUAAAUACGUUUAUACACUAGGGGAAUUAGAAUACAUUUGUAAAAAUGAUCUCAUGGAAUGGCCAGGCAAACCUAGCUACCAUUUUUUUCCCUGAACCUAAUUUAUAUUUAUAAGCAGUUUAUUAAAUACCAAAUCUACGUUUUCUCGAUGAUGUUUUAGCAAGAAAGAUGACUUUGUAACAUUACGUAGAGAAUUUAUGAUGAAUCAAACAAUUUUUAUUAUUAUUAUUAAAAAAAACUUUAUUAGGUUUUAUAAAAGCCUAAAAAAAUUA